AUGGAGCCGAUAAGCACGUCGAUUUUGGAUUUUGGCAAUCUUCCGAUACGAAAUUCCGACGGAAAUGCUGCCGACACGGAGGGUUUCAAGCAUAGUGUGGAUGAAAUUUUACAAAAAGUUGAUAAAAUAACGCAGCACAAAUGGGCUUGGCCUUUUAUGCAACCUGUAGAUGUCAAAGGUCUUGGGUUGCAUGACUAUUAUGAGGUUAUUGAAAAGCCCAUGGACUUCAGUACAAUAAAAAAUCAAAUGGAGGCUAAGGAUGGCAUGGGAUAUAAGAAUGUCAGGGAGAUAUGUGCUGAUGUGAGGUUGGUGUUUAAGAAUGCAAUGAAAUAUUACGACGAAAGAAGUGAUGUUCAUGAGAAAAGAAGAGAAGAUGAGGAAGCAGAGGCUCAAUUGGAUAUGCAGCUUGCUCAGGAGGCUGCUCAUGCUAAAACGGCUCGCGAUUUGAGUGAUGAGCUUUAUGAGGUUGAUAUGCAUCUGGAAGAGCUUUCGAGAAAUGGUUGUUCAAAAGUGCAGGUUAGUCGUCCAACUUUGGAUAUGCAGUGA